UUUUUGGGGUGUGAUCAGAAGCUUGGUUUCUGAGGAAUCCACGCCGUCCCCAUCACAAUGGGAACUCUUCUCCACCUUCAUGGUGGCUCUGUGUUGUCGGCGAUGGCUUCUCGAGGCGGAGUGGUUCCUCGUCCUUCUUCGCCCUUCCAGACAGUGGCUGCUCAGAAGCCUUCUGGCACGCGCUCCAUUGGCACCAGGAAGGGUACAAUAGCAUUUCCUGUUGGUGAGCCGUAUACUGGUCCACGUCAACUCAACUCCAACUCAUCACCAGUUAAGCUUCUAUCAAGAGUACAGGAAUUGAGACUGUUAAGCAAAGCUGAGAAGGCCGGCUUACUAUCUGCAGCUGAGAAGUUCGGGCUGUCACUCUCAACAGUGGAAAAACUGGGCUUACUCUCAAAGGCAGAAGAAUUGGGAGUCCUGUCUGCAGCCACAGAUCCAGGGACUCCCACUGCCCUGUUGAGCCUGAGCCUUGGACUGCUGCUCUUGGGACCCCUUUGUGUCUUCUUUGUCCCAGAGGAGAACACACUGGAGAUAGUUGUGCAGGUAGUUGUGGCUCUAGUUUCCAUUGCUGGUGGCUCAGCAGCCUUUGCUGCAUCAAAUUUUGUAUCAAACUUGCAGAAAUCUGAUUAACAGUAAUUGUGUACAUCUAUUAUCCACUGAAUCUCAGUUUGUAAAAUAAUACUUCAUCUC